UGAAAACUACCGAGAAGCUGGGUGGAUGCCUUGGCUUUUGGCCAGUUAGAGUGACACUUGGCCAAAGUCAAAGCCAUUGUGGAAUCAUCUCCUGCCCCAAGGGUCUCGCCAUCCCAAUGUGGGUGAUCUGGAUAGGGGCGUUUGAUACAGAUGGUGGUGUCCCCUUGUGAGGUCAGACCUGCCACCAAGGUCACCUUCCCUUGUGCCCCUUUCCUGCUAAAAGCCCUCCGAGGAGGGAAUAGAGAAGUGGGAGUUGAAGCUGAACCAUCCUGUGCUGGGUGUGUUGUCUCAGACCUCAGAGGGGCUUCUCUAACAGAGCACCCUGCCGAGCCGCCUUCCAGACAGUCCCAUUUUAUCCUCACCACAGCCAUACCAAAUGAGCACAGCAAGUGUGUCCUCGUUUUCCCAACUGAUGAAAUUGCCCAAGGUUCACAGCUGGCAAGUGACAGAGCUUGGACUAAGCCCAGGUAUUAGGAGUCAUAUCCUACAUUCUUGCCAUAGGCCAGCAGUUCUCAGAAUGAGGUCUCAGACCAGCAGUCUCAUUAUCAUCUGGGAACUUGUUAAAAAUGCAGAUUCCUGGGCUCCAUUCCAGACCUAAUGAAUAAGAAACUUUGGGGGUGGCUCCCAGCAAUGUUUUAACAAGCUCUCCAGGAGUCCUCAGAGUCAGAUAUAGAAUUAUAAAACAAACACACAAACAAAACCCUCCCUCCCAGCAUAUCCCCAGCUGCACUGCCAACCUCUAACCAAGCCCCUUGCUGUCACUGCCCCAACAUGCAGACUCAGUGUGAUUCCCAGCUGAGCCAAAUUUCUGUUCCUCAGUGCCAUACGAGGCAGAAGGGGAAUGAGGCUGGCUAGAACCCAGGCAUAGUAGUUUGGAAAUAGAAUCCAUUUGGCUUUCAAACAAGUAAGGAAGAGCAGCUUCAGACUCACACUGCUCGACCAGCUCAGUUCUUGGGCACGUUAUCCAAGUCUGGUAUUUUUCACUUUUGACUCCAGCCCUGGAAUUAAAGUGGUCUGCUUAUGUUCGGGAGGUCUUUCCUGUCCCGGAACCAGAUUCUUCAUCAGGUUUACUUUGUAAGCCAUUAAAUGAGAUGGGGGUGCCCUGGUUUAGCGGUUAUCCUCCCUCCUGGGUCUGGAGUGCAAGCCAAUUUGCCAGGGCAUGUGAGAGGUCUUUAUGAGCAAUGGGUGGGACCUAGAAGGAGCCUGGAGUUCAUCUCCUUGGAUGGAUGUUGAUUAAGCUAAGGCCUGAACUUUUCCCGAAAAGUCCCCUUCCGUCUUCCUGACUCCUAUUCAGACUACGAGUCUCUGGGUUUGGCUUUGCCGGGGCAGUGAGUUGAGCUGGGUGCCAGCCCGGUCAGGCUGCCCACCAGGUGACAAACCCGGGACGCCGGAGGCCGGGAACCUGGGCGCCUGGACCGCGAUGGCUGGUCCCCGUUCCCGGUCCUCCCGGCCGCCAGGGGGCGCGCGGGCCGCUGCUCCUGCUCUCCCGCCCUCCCGCCUGUGGCUUCCCGGCUCCGAGCCCGCGAGUGCCGGCGGGAGCGCAAUGGCGGCCGCCAGGAGGCUCAUGGCGCUGGCUGCCGGCGUCUCUCCACGCCUGCGACCACCGGGCCCCCGCGCCACCGGGCGACAGGAAUGCUCGCGCGGCCUCUCGUCAGGCUGCGCCCACCCCGAUGGCACGAAGGAGGCCACCGAGGCCGAGGCAGGGGUGGCCCUUAGCGGCACCGGGGAAGGCGACGGGAGCAUGGUGAACGCUUCUAGGGACCUAUUAAAAGAGUUCCCACAGCCCAAAAACCUUCUCAACAGUGUAAUUGGAAGAGCCCUCGGCAUCUCACAUGCGAAAGACAAACUGGUCUACGUGCACACGAAUGGACCGAAGAAAAAGAAAGUCACCCUCCACAUAAAGUGGCCCAAGAGCGUGGAGGUAGAAGGCUAUGGCAGCAAGAAGAUCGACGCUGAGCGGCAGGCUGCAGCCGCGGCCUGCCAGCUGUUCAAGGGCUGGGGCCUGCUGGGUCCCCGAAACGAGCUGUUUGAUGCAGCCAAAUACCGCGUGCUAGCCGAUCGCUUUGGCUCUCCGGCCGACAGCUGGUGGCGCCCGGAACCCACCAUGCCACCAACUUCCUGGCGGCAGCUGAACCCUGAGAGCAUCCGGCCAGGGGGACCUGGGGGCCUGUCCCGCUCCUUGGGCCGGGAGGAAGAGGAGGAUGAGGAGGAAGAGCUGGAAGAGGGGACCAUUGAUGUCACCGACUUCCUGUCCAUGACCCAGCAGGACUCCCACACCCCACUCAGGGACUCGAGGGGGGGUUCCUUUGAAAUGACAGACGACGACAGUGCUAUUAGGGCUCUGACCCAGUUUCCGCUUCCCAAGAACCUUCUGGCCAAAGUGAUUCAGAUAGCAACGUCAUCCUCCACAGCUAAGAACCUCAUGCAGUUCCAUACUGUGGGCACGAAGACCAAGCUGUCCACCCUCACUCUGCUCUGGCCCUGCCCCAUGACCUUUGUUGCCAAAGGGCGCCGCAAAGCAGAGGCUGAGAAUAAGGCGGCAGCCCUGGCUUGCAAGAAGCUGAAGAGCCUGGGCCUGGUGGACCGCAACAACGAGCCGCUUACCCACGCCAUGUAUAACCUGGCCUCCUUGCGUGAGCUGGGCGAGACGCAGCGCCGGCCGUGCACCAUCCAGGUGCCUGAGCCCAUCCUCCGAAAGAUAGAGACGUUCCUGAACCAUUACCCUGUGGACAGUUCCUGGAUUUCCCCGGAGCUCCGGCUGCAGAGUGAGGAUGUCUUGCCCUUGGGCAAGGACUCAGGGCCCCUGAGUGACCCUAUCACGGGCAAGCCCUACGUGCCCCUGUCAGAAGCCGAGGAGGUACGUCUGAGCCAGAACUUGCUGGAGCUGUGGCGGCGGCGAGGGCCGGUCUGGCAGGAGGCCCCCCAGCUCCCCGUGGACCCGCAUCGGGACACCAUCCUCAAUGCCAUCGAGCAGCACCCGGUGGUGGUCAUCUCUGGGGACACGGGCUGCGGCAAGACCACGCGCAUCCCCCAGCUGCUGCUGGAGCGCUACGUGACCGAGGGCCGCGGCGCCCGCUGCAACGUGAUUGUCACCCAGCCGCGCCGCAUCUCCGCCGUGUCCGUGGCACAGCGGGUCAGCCAUGAACUGGGCCCCUCUCUGCGCCGGAACGUGGGCUUCCAGGUGCGGUUGGAAAGCAAGCCUCCGGCCCGUGGCGGCGCCCUGCUCUUCUGCACCGUGGGCAUCCUGCUGCGGAAACUGCAGAGCAACCCCAGCCUGGAGGGCGUGAGCCAUGUCAUCGUGGACGAGGUCCACGAGCGGGACGUGAACACAGACUUCCUGCUGAUUCUGCUUAAGGGCCUGCAGCGGCUCAACCCGGCCCUGCGGCUGGUGCUCAUGAGCGCCACGGGCGACAACGAGCGCUUCUCCCGCUACUUUGGUGGCUGCCCUGUCAUCAAGGUGCCGGGCUUCAUGUACCCGGUCAAGGAGCACUACCUGGAGGACAUCCUGGCCAAGCUGGGCAAGCACCAGUACCCGCACCGGCACCGGCACCACGAGUCUGAGGAUGAGUGUGCACUCGAUUUGGACCUCGUGACGGAUCUGGUUCUGCACAUCGAUGCCCGAGGGGAGCCAGGUGGGAUCCUCUGCUUCCUGCCUGGUUGGCAGGAGAUCAAAGGAGUGCAGCAACGCCUCCAGGAGGCCCUGGGCAUGCACGAGAGCAAGUACCUCAUCCUGCCAGUGCACUCCAACAUCCCCAUGAUGGACCAGAAGGCCAUAUUCCAGCAGCCGCCAGUUGGAGUGCGCAAGAUUGUCUUGGCCACCAAUAUUGCGGAGACGUCAAUUACAGUCAAUGACAUCGUGCACGUGGUGGACAGCGGUCUGCACAAGGAGGAACGCUAUGACCUGAAGACCAAGGUGUCCUGCCUGGAGACUGUGUGGGUGUCACGAGCCAAUGUGAUCCAGCGCCGGGGCCGGGCAGGCCGCUGCCAGUCGGGCUUUGCCUACCACCUGUUCCCGCGGAGCCGGCUGGAGAAGAUGGUCCCUUUCCAAGUGCCAGAGAUUCUGCGCACGCCCCUCGAGAACCUGGUGCUACAAGCCAAAAUCCACAUGCCCGAGAAGACGGCAGUGGAGUUCCUUUCCAAGGCCGUGGACAGUCCGAACAUCAAGGCGGUGGACGAGGCUGUGAUCUUGCUCCAGGAGAUCGGAGUGCUGGACCAGCGGGAGUACCUGACCACCCUGGGGCAGCGCCUGGCCCACAUCUCCACCGACCCCCGGCUGGCCAAGGCCAUAGUGCUGGCCGCCAUCUUCCGUUGCCUGCACCCGCUGCUGGUGGUCGUUUCCUGCCUCACCCGGGACCCCUUCAGCAGUAGCCUGCAGAACCGGGCGGAGGUGGACAAGGUGAAGGCACUGCUGAGCCAUGACAGUGGCAGUGACCACCUGGCCUUCGUGCGGGCCGUCGCCGGCUGGGAGGAGGUGCUGCGCUGGCAGGACCGCAGCUCCCGUGAGAACUAUCUGGAGGAAAACCUGCUCUACGCCCCCAGCCUGCGCUUCAUCCACGGACUCAUCAAGCAGUUCUCGGAGAACAUUUACGAGGCCUUCCUGGUGGGGAAGCCCUCGGACUGUACCCUGGCCUCUGCCCAGUGCAACGAGUACAGCGAAGAGGAGGAGUUGGUGAAGGGUGUGCUGAUGGCGGGCCUCUACCCCAACCUCAUCCAGGUGAGGCAGGGCAAGGUGACCCGGCAGGGCAAGUUCAAGCCCAACAGUGUCACUUACAGGACCAAAUCAGGCAACAUCUUGCUGCACAAGUCGACCAUUAACAGGGAGGCCACGCGGCUGCGGAGCCGAUGGCUGACGUAUUUCAUGGCUGUCAAGUCAAACGGCAGCGUCUUCGUCCGGGACUCCUCCCAGGUGCACCCGCUAGCUGUGCUGCUGCUGACCGACGGGGACGUACACAUCCGUGACGAUGGGCGCCGGGCCACCAUCUCUCUGAGCGACAGUGACCUGCUGCGGCUGGAGGGGGACUCCCGCACUGUGCGGCUACUGAGGGAGCUACGCCGGGCGCUGGGCCGCAUGGUGGAGCGGAGCCUGCGCAGCGAGCUGGCCGCACUGCCACCCGGCGUGCAGCAGGAGCACGGGCAGCUGCUGGCGCUGCUGGCGGAGCUGCUGCGUGGGCCCUGCGGCAGCUUCGACGUGCGCAAGACGGCGGAUGACUGAGCCCCGUUGUCUGCUGGGGCUGUGUACAGAGUGCAAAUGUUUAUUUAAAAUAAAGUUCUAUUUAUCCCUUGUGA